AUGCUCGCUUUCAAGGAUACUCAGUUGGCACUCAUCCACAUCCCAUUGCCUCUCUACUCGAGCUUCCUCCAAAGCAUCCUUCAGCUCCUCCUUCCCAAUGAGUCCCGGAACGAACACUCGGCCUUCAACGGCAAUGGAGCCGUGCAGCCUCCUCCUGCGUGGCCAUAUGAACAUCCGUUUGUCAAUAUCUCUGUGACGCCAAGUGAGUGUUCGGUGGUCUGCUCCAGGAAGCUUGCAAACGACAUCUUCGUCCCAGCACUCAAUCUACUCGAUCCAAAAUCAAGAGAUCGGGUUUCCAUCACUUCAGAAGACUAUGUGGUCAUGCAAGUCGAUGGCGAGGGUCUGGACGCAGGCCAACGAGUGCUCGAAUUGACCAGCCCACUUGCCUUGGCUGGCAUUUCCAUCUUCUUCAUCACGACAUACUUCUCGGACUACAUACUGGUGCCGAUACGCUACAGGUCUCAGGUCGUACAUGCGCUAGAAGAACGAGGAUUCAUCUUCGAAGACCAAACGUCUUCCUACGUCAACCCGAGCCAUCACAGCCGACAGCACUCUUCACCUCAAUCUUUCGAGGUCCGGCCGCCGGGCACCCCUCCACCAGCGACGGUAUCGGAGCUGCAGACACGAACGUUUGCCACCCUCAAGCGCCGCAACAUCAUCCCGACCGUGGACUCAUGCUUACGUCUGGUACAAUGUGCCGGGCGCAGAGAUAGCGCCAACAGCAUAAAUGAAGGUCGUAAUCGCAGCAGCAUGACCAGCGCUGCCGAUGACGCACUCCACCUAGGCCUUGUAAAGUGCCUCAUCUCACCGCCAUAUCCCAAAUUUCUAUCUUUGACGCUCACCGACACGGAGCCCGCGUCGCUACUACUCGACCACUCGCUCCUCCCCAACUUUGCCUCGGACAUUUUGCUUGGGUCAAAAGACGACUUCCUUAUUCCCAUAACACUCGACCUCCGCGACCUCCCCAUGGAGAGCACUGGUAUUAUCUGCGGCGUCGCCGGGCGUCUCGUUGGGGGCACUGCGGGCCAGUUGGAGAGCGCGGUCGAGAUGAGCUACCUGAGUACGGCACGCGCGGGCACCGUCAUGGUAGCUGAAGACGAGCUGAAGCGCGCAUUGGGGGCUCUGCGCGGCGCGGAGAACGGAUCCUCCACGCCUGACUAG